AUGACGCUGAGAACCGGAGCAGCUCGCUUCAUCACCCUUCUCUGCUUGUGGCUGGCUGCUUUGAUGGCCAUCGGCGCAGUCACCGUCGCCAGAGCUGAUUCCAGCUGUGAGAGCUUCACAAAUCCCUAUGCUUUCAACGAGCAUGCCAUUUUUCCAUUCUCUUUUGUUUCAGAUUGUGAAUCACCAAAUCCUCCGGGGAUAACACCAAAAGGAACUUGUCCUCCCCCACAAAGAUAA